AUGGCUGAUUUAACACAAAAGUUUCAUGGCCUUUUACAACAUCCGCUGGAGCCACUGUUUCUAUCUAAAAACAAUGGCACGCUGUUCUAUGACCUACCGGAGCGGUUCCUAACGUCCCGGUAUCGUCCGAUAGGGCAAAAUCUGGCCAAUCGUUUCGGACCGAACUCACCAUCUUCGACGCAAGGUAGCAACGAUACGGGCGUGCAGCCCACGGUGGUAACCAUACGCGAUCUGAAGGAACUCCCGGACCUAUCCUUCGCUUCGUGGGUUAAACGUCGUGAUCCGUUUUCGCUGUUCAAUUCCGAGCAUCGGAAAGCGGCAGGGAAGUUGAUGAAGCUCUUUCUAAACCAACCGGAUGCGGACACGUUGGUCGAUGUGGCAGCUUACGCUCGUGAUCGUCUAAAUGGGCCCAUGUUUCAGUACGCACUGUCGGUGGCAUUGUUGCAUCGUCCGGAUACGAAGAGCGUACCGGUACCGUCGAUGUUACAUCUCUUUCCCGAUCAGUUUAUCGAUCCAGCCACCAACCCCAGGAUGAUGGAGGAAGGAUCGAUUGUGCUGGAUGAGAACAGGAUGGCAAUUAACAUACCGACGAACUUUACCGCAAACGACGAUGAACCGGAACAGCGAAUGGCUUUCUUUCGCGAAGAUAUCGGGGUGAACCUUCACCACUGGCACUGGCAUUUGACUUACCCCGGGUCUGGACCACCGGAAGUCGUACGAAAGGAUCGUCGCGGGGAGCUGUUUUACUACAUGCACCAGCAGCUACUAGCCCGCUACCAAGUGGAUCGCUUCGCCCAGGGCCUUGGACGUAUAGAACCGUUGGCGAAUCUACGGGAACCGCUCCGUGAGGCUUACUAUCCGAAACUUUUGCGCUCGGCAAACAAUCGCCCAUUCUGUGCCCGGUAUCCGGGGAUGACCGUGAGCGAUGUGGUCCGAACCAGUGACCGAACGGACGUUAGAAUUGCCGAUAUUGAAGCGUCGAUUGCACGUGUGCUAGAGGCGAUCGAUGCCGGAUCCGCCGUUAAUACCGAUGGCACCCGAGUGCCGUUGGAUAACGCUAGAGGAAUCGACAUACUGGGCAACAUUAUCGAACGAUCGGCGCUUUCGAUCAACCGUAGCUUAUACGGUGAUCUGCACAAUUCGGGCCACACACUAUUGGCUUACGUCCACGAUCCACGUGGCACCUAUCUGGAGUCGUUCGGUGUGAUGGGAGGAGUAGCGACCGCGAUGCGCGAUCCGGUGUUUUACCGGUGGCACAAGCACGUCGAUAAUCUGUUUCUCCGGCACAAGAGUCGGCUCGCUCCGUACACUUCAGCCGAGCUCUCCAACAGCAGCGUUACGUUGGAUGCGCUAGAAACGCAACUGGAUCGCACCGAUGGCGCUACGAACAGUUUGGUGACGUUUCUUGAGCGAUCGCAGGCUGAUCUCGGUGCCGGGCUAGACUUCGGACCGGCCGGUACUGCUUUCGUUAGCUUCACCCAUUUGCAGUUUGCACCGUUCGUCUAUCGACUCCGCAUCAACACGUCUGCGCGUGGCAGACGAGACACGAUACGCAUCUUUUUGCUGCCACGCCAGGACGAACAGCGACGCCCAUUGUCGUUUGACGACCGACGCACACUGGCCAUCGAACUGGACAGCUUCCGUGUAAAUUUAAGCCCCGGUGUGAACACUAUCGUACGACGAUCGGGUAGCUCCAGCAUCACCAUCCCGUACGAGCGAACCUUUGGGAACGUUGUGCAGGCCAAUGCGGGCAACGUGCAAUCGCGAUUCUGUGGUUGCGGUUGGCCAGCACAUAUGCUGCUGCCGAAAGGGAAUGCGAACGGCGUUGAGUAUGAUUUGUUUGCGAUGGUCUCCCGGUUUGAGGACGAUAACGCUAGCGUGGAGUAUGACGAGAACGUUGGAUGUGACGAUUCUUAUUCGUUCUGUGGAUUGAGAGACCGCGUCUAUCCAAGCCGCCGUGCGAUGGGUUUUCCGUUCGACAGACGAGCAGCAAACAGCGUACGAUCGGUUGGCGAUUUCGUUGCACCGUACAGAAACAUGCGACUAGCUACGGUCACCUUACGGUUCAUGAACAGUGUUAUCGAUCGACACCAUCAUCCAGCGCCAGUAAAGAUGUCCAACAACAGGAACCUUCUAGCCCUGCUGCAGCGCCCAUUGGAGCCGACGUUCUACCCGAAGGACAACGGUAAAACCGUGGUCGAUCUGCCGGAGAACUUCCUUACCGAGCGUUACCGCCCGAUCGGUGCAUCGCUGCAGAGCCGCUUCGGUAACGAUGCCGAUACGCGCAUUCCGGUGCGCAACGUAACGCCACCGAGCAUUUCCUUUGCCGAGGUGGUACCGCGCCGGGGUGGCUUUUCGCUGUUCAACCCCAAGCACCGUCAGAUUGCGGGAGACCUCAUCAAUCUGUUCAUGACCCAGCCGGACGUGGAUACGCUGAUGAGCGCGGCGGCCUACUCGCGUGACCGUUUGAAUCCGAUCCUGUUCCAGUACGCGUUGUCGGUCGCUAUCCAGCAUCGGCCGGAUACGAAGGAUCUGAACAUUCCGUCCUUCCUGGAGUUGUUCCCCGAUUCGUUCGUUGAUCCGACCGUUUUCCCCAAGCUGCGCGAGGAGGGUUCCAUUGUGCAGGCGGAAAACAGAAUGACUAUCGAUAUUCCAUUGAAUUAUACGGCUUCGGAUCGGGAAGAUGAACAGCGCCUGGCGUACUUCCGCGAGGAUAUCGGCGUGAACCUUCACCACUGGCACUGGCAUCUGGUGUACCCGGGCGAAGGACCGAGCAAUGUUGUGAACAAGGAUCGUCGCGGAGAGCUGUUCUACUACAUGCAUCAGCAGCUGAUCGCUCGCUACAAUGUGGAACGUUUCUGCAAUCGUCUUGCUCGCGUACGCCCGCUGACCAACUUGCGCGAGCCUGUGCCGGAAGGAUACUUCCCCAAGAUCAUCCGUAGCUUGAACAACCGUGCUUUCCCACCACGUCCGCAGAACACGGUCCUGAGGGAUAUCAACCGUGUGGAUGAUAGCGUUGUCUUCACCGUGAGCGAUCUCGAACGCUCGGAGGCUCGUAUUGCGGAGAGCAUUGACGGUGGAUAUGUUGUUGCACCGGGUGGCAAUCGAAUUCCUCUGGAUGAGCGUACCGGUAUUGAUGUGCUGGGCAACAUCAUGGAACCGUCGGCCCUUUCCGUCAACAGCCAGUUCUACGGAAACUACCACGGCAACUUGCACAACAUCCUUGCGUACAGCCACGAUCCGGAUAACCGGUUCCUGGAGGGUUACGGUGUGAUUGGCGAGUUCCAGACGGCGAUGCGCGAUCCUACGUUCUACCGUCUGCACUCCCAGGUGGACAACAUGUUCCAUCGUUACAAGCGCACCCUUCAGCCGUACAACGUCAACCAGCUCAACUACGACGGUGUCCAGAUUCAGUCGCUGGGAGUUCAGCUGAACCGAGCCAACGCGCCGGCUAACGUGUUGCUGACGUACUGGCAGCGAUCGCAGGUCGAUCUGGCCACUGGUCUUGACUUCGGACCGGAAGGCAAUGUGUUUGCGUCCUUCACACAUCUGCAGCACGCACCGUUCACCUUCCGACUGACUGUGAACAACAACACUGGCGCCACCCGUCGCGGUACAUGCCGCAUCUUUAUCGGACCGAAGGUGGACGAACGUAACACUGCGCUGACCAUGGAUGAGCAGCGUCUGCUGAUGGUGGAGUUGGACAAGUUCACCGUGAACUUGAAUGCUGGUACGAACAACAUUGUGCGCCGCUCGGAACAGUCCAGCGUGACCAUCCCGUACGAGAGAACGUUCCGUCAGGUUGCGCUGUCCAACAUUAACGAACCGAGCACGGAAAUGUUCCGCUUCUGCAACUGUGGCUGGCCGCAUCAUCUGCUGAUCCCCAAGGGUUCACCGGAAGGCAUGCAGUUCGAUCUGUUCGCCAUGAUCUCGAACUAUGCCGACGAUACCGUCAACCAGGAGUUUGAUGAGAACGUUAACUGCAACGAUUCACACUCGUUCUGCGGACUGCGUGAUCAGCUGUACCCCGAUCGUCGUGCGAUGGGCUAUCCGUUCGAUCGCCGCAUGCCAACCACUGUUAGAAGUUUGCCCGAUUUCACCCGCGGCAACACCAACAUGGCUACGGCACAGGUGCAGGUACGCUUCACCAACACCGUCAUCGCCAGAACUUAA